UCCCAACAAUUGAUUAAAAAUUUUUGAGCUCAUUUUUUGUCUGUAAAUAGGACUUGAUGAGAUUAGAAAAACUUCAAAAAGGAUAGUUUUGCUCAUAGAUCUUCUUUUUCAAGUUAUAUACAUUUUAGUAUGAUUUCCAUCUAUAGGAAGAUACUAUUGAUCUCAUAUUUUGCCCACAAGUAGGUCUCAUAAUCCUUAGAAUAUCGUAAUAGUUUUAGACAAAAUAGAUCCUUUCUUCUUGAAAUAUUGAAUACUCAAGAAAAGUAGAUUUUGCUGACUUUUUUGUAACACAUAAUCGAUUGUUUUUUUUUGUGGCCAUUCAAUACUUCAAGAAGAUAGUAUCUAUUUUGUUUGAAACUAUUUUCAUAAUAUUCUAAAGGUUAUGAGACCUAUUUAUGAGUGAAAUAUAAGGUUGAAAGUACAUAAUUUGACUUUUUAUCAAAAAUCUUUCUAUAGAUUGAAAUCAUACUGAAAUGAUGAUAACUUUAGAAGGAACGUCAAAUGGGGAGAAAUAUCCUUUCGAAGUUUUUUUAGUCUUAGCAAGUCCUACUUAAGGACAAAAUAUGAGCUCAAAGGUUUUUAAUCAGUUAGUGGAGUUUCCUCGUAAGAAUAUUCGUAUCAAGUGAAGCAAAACGGCAAAACUUUUACUUUUUUUUUUUCUUUGAAAAUCUAGUUUUUUGUUCAAUGACCCUUAUUCUCAUUUCUUUUACAUGUAUAAAUUUAAAUCCAAUGAUGUCUAAAAUUAUUACUCAGAUGAAAGAUAUUUUCUACAAAAAAUUUUUAUAUUAAUUUUCAAUCAAAUCAAUUGAAUUAACUAUUAAUAAAUGCUUAUCUUUCAUCUAAAAUUUCAGUAGAUAUUUUUACUAGAAUAGUCAGAUAUCAAUUGAUUUGUAUAUAAUUAACAUAGUUUCAUCAAACUAUUGUCAAAUGAAAAUAUAUAUCCUAAAAAGAAUGAAAUAAUUUUUUUAAACUUCAAUAAAAAUCUUUUAUUUUCUAUUAAUAUUUAGUUACCUACAUUGAAUCUGUUACAAUCAGACUAUUCAACAUUAACUAUUGAUCAAUGGAAUCUUAUAUCAAAUUUAUUACAUUGUCAUGAUGAACAUAGUGGAUUAUCAACAGUUGAAAAUUAUAUGCAUAAACAAAAUACUUUACCUGUGAAAUUACGGUUUAAAUCUGAAUCAAUGAUCGAAAUGAUUCAUAUGUCAUAUAGUGGAAGUGAAUUGUUAUAUAAUAAGAAUCAAGAUUUUCUUAGUUUAUCUUCACAUGAUCGUUCAAAUUUACUUCGUUCUACAAUGAAAUAUACGACAACUGCUUCUUUGAAUUUCAUUUAUUAUAAAGUCGGAUUAAUGAAUUUUCAGGGUUAUUACGAUGCUAUUGAACUUAUAAGUCAUCCAAGUAUAAUGAUUAUUGCUAAACGUUUGGCAAAUCAUCUUGAUUUUGAUAUAAUCGUUAAAAAAUUGUUUCUUGCCAUUCUUUCUUUUUCAACAAUGGACUAUACAUUUUAUUCAAAUAAUCCUCCAAUAAAUUUAUCAAAUAUUAAACAAAUUUUACAUAUUCAAAAUACAUAUAUUGAAUUAAUAUGGAGAUAUUUAAUCUACAAAUACAAUGAUAAACAAGCUAUAAUAUGCUUUUCGAAUUUGUUAAGAUGUUUAUUUAUUAUGAACGAGGGUAUAGUUGAAGCACAAGAUGUUCAAUGGUUUACAAAUAAAAUGGAUUCUCUUGUUGAACAGAUUGAACAAAAUCUUUCUUACAAUGAUUAA